AUGGCUCGUUCUAAAACUUCAAGCAAGCGAAUUGCUAAAUAUCCGUCAAAAACUCCUAUUCUUCACCAAUCACCGAAUAAUAGAGCAGUUAGUAACAGCCCCCUUAGCCCAAGGAAGUAUAGAAGAAGACCAGGAACGGUUGCCUUGAGAGAAAUUAGAAAGUAUCAGGCCUCCACUGACUUACUCAUUGCUAAACUACCUUUUGCUCGUGUUGUUAGAGAAGUUACACUGAAAUUUGUUCCCCAUGGCGAAAUGUGGAGGUGGAACGCUGAAGCAUUGCAUGCUAUUCAAUGCGCAGCAGAGGCAUUUCUGCAAGGACUGUUUGAAGAUGCAUAUUUGUGCACUUUGCAUUCCAAAAGAGUUACUUUGCUUCCGAGAGAUAUAAGAUUAGCUAGACAGUUAAGGGGUAGAUAUGGGGACUUUAUUUAA